GGCUCGCCCCUUGUAUGUCAGCUGUGUUUUUAACACGCUGUGUUGAAGAGAACCUGUGCUUAGAGCUUUUUCCAGUAACUUUAACCAGAAAUGUUGUGUUAAACUCCACAUAUUCGGGGAGUCUUCAUGGAAACGCGCAGAGCUGCGGGGAAGAGUUGUGUAUUGCGUGUUGCCGCUUCAGAGGAUUAACAGUCACUAAAGGUGGCUAAGCUAGCUAAUGAUAAUACUGUCAGCGAGUUUAACUCGCAGGCUGUCGAACUGCCCUGGACAUAUUUUUGUACCCUGGAAACCGUUACAGAAAUGCAAGUGAAGGACUGCUUCGUGUCUGCUCCGGGGAAGGCGAUCCUCCACGGAGAGCAUGCAGUUGUACACGGAAAGGUGGCUCUUGCUGUGAGUUUGAACCUGCGAACAUAUUUACGGUUGAAAGCCACCACUACUGGUAAAGUUUGCAUCAACCUCCCAAAUAUUGACACAUUCCUCUGCUGGGACAUGUCUGAACUGAAGCAGCUCAGUUCUGAUUCUUGUGGUAAGAGGGAGGAGGUGAAACGUCUGAAUGCUGAACUUGUGAGGAGACUACGUGAAUUUGUUGGUGUAACCAAUGAAAACUUGGAUAAUUGCAACAUGGCCACCAUAGCCUUCCUCUACAUCUACCUAUCACUGUUUGGAUCAGGUGAGCUGCCCAGCUUGACGGUGUCUGUGUGGUCAGAGCUGCCGACCGGAGCAGGACUGGGGUCAAGUGCUGCCUACUCUGUGUGUUUAGCUGCAGCUUUGCUCUGUGCAAGUGGAGCCAUCCCCACCCCUCUCAAAGAGUGGGAUCAAACUGCCAGGUGGUGUCAGGAGGACUUGGAACUGAUUAACAGCUGGGCUUUCCAAGGGGAGAUGAUCAUCCAUGGUAAUCCUUCAGGAGUAGACAACGCUGUAGGAACAUGGGGUGGCAUGCUGAGAUUCUUAGCCGGGAAGAUAAUACCGCUGAGCAGGGUGCCGUUAUUAAGAAUCCUCCUCACUAACACCAAAGUACCACGUAGCACCAAGGUACUUGUUGCCAGGGUGAAGGACAAGAUUAACAAGUUUCCCUCUAUUAUGACCCCAGUGCUGGACUCAGUUGAUGCCAUUUCCUGCACUUGUGAGAAAGUACUCUCAGAGAUGACCAGUGAGCCUAUCACAGGAGAGCACUACAAUAUUCUAGAGGAGCUCAUUGACAUUAACCAGCGCCACCUGGAUGUGAUGGGUGUGGGACACCCUGCCCUAGACACACUAUGCCGGGUCACACUGGCCAAAGGGCUCCACAGCAAGCUAACCGGCGCAGGGGGAGGAGGCUGUGGCAUCACCCUUCUGAGACCAGAAACGGACUCCUCUGUUGUCCAGGCUACAGUGCAGGACUUGAGAGACAGCGGCUUUGACUGCUGGGAAACGAGUAUUGGCGGGCCGGGUGUCCAGCAGCACUCUCCUCUCUCUGUUAAGGAGGAAGUUCUGGAGAUUUUAAACCGUUACUGAGAUCCACCUGUGACUGUGGCUGAACAAGAGGACAGACGGACUGUUUGUCUUUUUGUUAUUGUUGUUACCUCAAGACCUGCGGUAUGCUCAACUAAUGAAGUGAGCCGAGUGGACCAAUGAAAAUUCCACACCGAGCAGAGCUGGACAGAGCUUCCUGAUUUGUUAGUAAUAGAUUUUCCAGACGGAAAAACAAUCUGAUCUUUUUUUAAACUAACAAGGCAACUGUGUCUCUAACAAAUUGCUGAUAUUCAUUUUAAACUUUGGGAAAAUUAAGUGGAUUUAAUUAUUUGGGGAAGCAUCUCAUGGAGUGUUUGUUCGCCAAACAUACUCAAGGGUACAAUAUAUGUACCGAGCGCUUUGUCCACUAGGUGGUAUCAGAGUUGCACAAAUGCUUUUAAUGAACAGGCUUAAUGGUAAGAGGCUUUGAUAAAUUGAUUAAUGUGUAAGUGAAGCACUGACAGAAUUAAUUUAUAGUUUCAUCCAAAUGUUUAAAGCAGUAGGGCAAACCUAUCUAAAUGGAUGAGAUUGAUCGUCAGUCAUUAAUUGCUAACUCUGGGAAUUGUAACAUGCAAGGUUGUUGAAUUACAGCGAGAAUGAAAGUGGUCAUUUGUAGAAUUAAUUUUACAGAAAAUGAUAAUGGAAGAAAAGUUUGAUAAAUUAAAUAGUUUUUUUUCUUCAAGAAACCCCCAACAAAACCAAAUGACUAUUAUUCAGAUUUCUUCAAAGUUCUACAAAGAGGUCUGUCAGAGUGACUGUGCUUAAAUAUUUCUCUGCAUCAUGAACAAUCUGAGAAUAUGUCUGAACAAGCUGAGACCAGGAAAUGAUAACGUCAUAGAAAUACUCAUUAUAUUUACAUAUAAUGUAAAACUUGACACUCAUAAAUUCUUAUGAUAAAGACAGUGUGCUGCGAUGCUCCUUAAUUGCGCUGUACUUUUAAUAUAAAAGAAUUUUCUGCGAUUUGUUCAUUUGAAAUCCCUCAAAGAAUAUCUGUCAUGGUUUGGUAAAGAUUAUAUUUCAAAAUAAUGAACGCCAUGCGCUGUUCGUUUUCCGCAGUUACAGGCUAACUGGCUGUGUUGUUUUGCUAAUAGAGGAUGGGGAGAGGGGGACAGCAGGAGUGUGUGGCCUCUCUGGAUUAGCGCCACUAUAAUGUGAAUCAACAACAACCAGCGUCCUUCUGUGAGUCACACAUUUGUGCUGACACAUAUGCGCGCACACACACACACACACACACACACACACACCAGCUUUCCCAAAUUCGUCUCCACCUAAUUGCUCAUCCUCCUAAGCAUUACAGAAUAUCUGCGCAUGCUGCAGAUACAGAAGACGGAUCUGUUUAGAAUAUCCCUGAUUUGGGGAAAAGGUCAUUGUGGGAUUCAGUUGAGUCUGAAUAUCCAUUUCAUUUUCUAUUUUUUAAAUGUCAUGAAGAUUGAGUAGUACGAAUUUGGCAGUGUACGUGAAUAAACAACAUUUGUCACCCUC